UAAAAUUAGGGUUACAAGAUUCUUCCCUUUUCUCCGAUUCUACUAUUCAACUUGCCCUAAUUCAUCAGCGAACAAGUAAAAUUCCGGCAAUUUUUUCGGAUAAUUCGUUGCAGCGAUGAAGAAUCGGGGUCCGAGAGAUGGAGAGAGAAAUUCUAGAACCAAUUUCUCAAAAUCGAUCAGAAUGAAGAAGAAGAAUAUUCAGAGAUUAGGAGGCGGUGGUCUCUCUCUGGAAGCUUUUGCGAAUGCGAAAUCCACGAACAGUCACUAUAAUCCGGCCUUAUUAAGUAAAAAUUUUGAUCUUUUUUAUUUGAUACCGCUGUGUUUGUUGCUUGGUAAAUUUAGAUGGAGGGUUAGCGUUGCUUUUUAUUUGUCUGAACUUAGUGGGAUACGUGAGUAUUGUUUGGGGCUCAUUUCAGAUGCAUGUAAAGGACAAAAGAUAAGAGAAACAAGUUUGAAGGACUUGUACGAGAGAACGCGAAGAGGAGAGAAAGCAAGGAUUGAGAAGGAGGCAAUUUUUCAAGCCAAGAGGGAAAAGCGAGAAAAAGCUGAAGCCCAAAGGAAAGCAACAAGGGAGAAGAUGUUCAAGAAGACGAGAUUUGGUCAGCCUGUCAUGAAAUACAGAAUUGAGCAUCUUUUGCAGUCAAUUCAAAAUUCAAAUUAAAAUCAGUCAGGAAAAGAUGACAAGAACUCAGAUAUCUCCAUCUUUCUUUUCUUCCCAAUUACAAUUCAUGAUUAUACUGUUAACUGAGUUACCAUAUGGGAAAUUAAUAGGAUUCCUGUAAAGGUAUAAUUGCUUGGAACAUGACUAGGAAAAGCCUGCAUCUGUAGUGUUGUAGACAGUAACAUCGAGGGAAGGUUUUGUUCAUUGAAUGGAAUUGAAUGACAGACACUUGUUUGAUUCUUGGCAUAUUGGAUAUUGGAGAUUAAGUUCACAAUUUGGAAUUUUAAAAUGC